AUGCUGUGGCUGUGGUUACCUGGGGCCUCCUGCAUGGCAGCUCUCCCACUGACACUGGUGGUGCUGAACCUCCCUCUAGCUUUGGCCAGGGGCCGCCAACCUCGUUCCACCCUGCAGGCUAAAGGUGAGUGUCGUUUCUCCAAUGGGACGCAGCGGGUGCGGCUCCUGGCCAGAUUCAUCUACAACCGGGAGGAGUACGUGCGCUUCGACAGCGAUGUGGGUGAGUUCCUCGCCGUCACGGAGCUGGGUCGGCCCGAUGCCGAGGGCUGGAACCGGCAGAAGGGCACACUGGACAAGUAUCGGGCCGCGGCGGACACGUACUGCGCACACAACUACCGUGCCUUUGAGCGCUUCGCGGUGCCGCGGCGAGUUGUGCCAGUGGUGACCGUGUACCCUGCAAAGACCCAGCCCCUGCAGCACCACAACCUCCUGGUCUGCGCUGUGAGUGGUUUCUAUCCAGGCCACAUUGAAGUGCGGUGGUUCCGGAAUGGAGAGGAAGAGGAGGCUGGGGUCGUGUCCACGGGCCUGAUCUGUAAUGGAGACUGGACCUUCCAGACCCUGGUGAUGCUUGAGACAGUUCCUCAGAGUGGAGAGGUGUACACGUGCCAGGUGGAGCACCCGAGCGUGACCAGCCCCAUCACCGUGGAAUGGAGGGCACAGUCUGAAUCCACACAGAGCAAGUUGCUGAGUGGAGCUGCGGGCUUUGUGCUGGGUCUGCUCUUCCUUGGACUGGGGCUGUUCAUCUGCUGCAGGACUCAGAACAUUCUGGACUUCAGCCAGCAGGUAAUGACCUUUGUUUCUCCUUCAAAGGUGGAUUUGGAUUUCCUAGAAAGCAUGGCAGAGGUGAUGAUAGGAGACAGGAAUAAUGGCAAAAUUUUGAAUGUAGAUUUUUGA